CAAGUGGCAUGUUGCACACGUUAAAAUACAGUCGGGCAGAUGGAUUUAAUAACGAAUGCAUGUUUUAAGCUGGCUUUCAGUGGAAUAUAUACAGGAAAGGAAGAUUGAUUUAAGAGAAAUAACUGUCAAAUCCGGAUUAUAUCAUGCAAUUCAGAUGGAUUAACAUAGACUGUGCAUUUAUCUGCCUGAUUAUCAUUCUUGGAAAUUAUCACUGUUUUGCGGAUGAUUCCGGAGAGACAAACAAUCAGGUUCAACCCGAUAAGAUACAAGAUGGACAAGAACUAAAUGUCAAUGCAGAUCCAGCAGCAGGUGAUGUUCCGUCUAUCGAACCAACAGUAGCUGCAGAACAUGACAACGAACUCGAACUGAAUCCAACUUCACAUGAUGAUUCAGUGUAUGUUCCGUCGGGCUCAAAUGUAGACAAUCCAAAUACUGACCAAGUUCAGGGGGACACUGCAACGUUGGAUAAUGGUAAUACAGCCGAUGAAAGGGAACAUGGUUUCACAGGUGAGGGUUCCAAUGCCAAUAAUGUAAAUGCAGAUAUUGAAUCAGGUAAUACAAUAAUCAGAAAUUCUAACAUUCAGGGUGGUAGCACUAAUGAAAAUAACGACCAAACUGGUUCACAAACAAGCAUCGAUAAUGUUGAUUUAUUAACUGGUAGUUCAAAUGAUGAAAACAACUUCCGGUCAGCAGAACUGAUAAAAACAGAGAAAUCAAAUGACCAUGGUUAUGAGGCCAACUCAAAUGAUGUUAAAGGAGAUGUAUCACUAAAGGAUGAUUUGAAAGUAGUUGAUGGUAUCAGUUCAAACAGUGAUGUAUCUGAUAACGCCGCGUCUGAUUCCUCAGAUGAGGCAGUAGAUGGUACCAACCAGGACAUUUCAAAUGGAAAUUCAAACAGUAAUGACAUUGCUGAUAAAAAUGAAGAUAAUUUCUUUAAUUGGAAGGAAAACACAGUAAGUGAUACAACACACGCGAUAGACUCCAUGUCUAACACGUUUGAAAACGCUUUUAGCGAUGAAGCGUCUGACAGAAUGAACGGGAGGAUAGAAACAUUUCAAGAAAGUGAAGAAAACUUCAAGAAUCAAGAACAUUCAAACCAUAAGACUUUCAAUUCAUAUGAUUAUGACUCGGAUCAAAAUUUAUUUGCUGUUUACGGAAAAUUGCAUGUUGAUAAAAAGAAGAACAAUAAUGACAAGCAACUUUCGGAAAAUGGUGAAAGUACAGAAGAGCUACAGGAUAGUAAUAUUAAUAUACAUAAUUUUGAAGGAGAACAUGUUCUAGGAAAGAGCCAGGUCAAGAUGUUUUUUAAUUGGAGUAAAAAAAAUCUCAGCAAAACUAAAAAUGAUACUGAUAACAUGUACUGGACGUAUGGGAAUAUUAACUCUAAAAUUGUUGAUGACGAUUCACAAACUAAAAAUCCGCUAAGGACUAUUUUAAGACAAGAUGACUCAGAUUCAUCCGAUAGUAGUGAAAAUAAUCGGAGAAAGAAGAUCAAUUAUAAUAUUAAAAGACGUUUAGACAAAAGUAGUGAGGAUUCAAGUGACUCCAGUGAAAAAUCGAGAAAUAAAAAAGUACGACGAAGGAAGACAAGCUCUUGCAAAAAUAUAGAUGUCAUAUUUGUGGUUGACUCUUCAGAUGAUGUUUCAAAAACUGAGUUCAGAUAUAUCAAACAAACUCUAGUCAGAAUUUCAAAAAUGCUUCAAGAGUAUAGACAUUCAAGGAUGGGGGUUGUUUCAUACGGAACAAGAAUUUCAGAUGUGAUACAUUUAUCAAAUAAUGCGUCUGUUAUGUCAAGAUCAAUACAAAUGUUAAAAGCCUCUGGGGGAUCUAAUAAACCAUAUUUAGGUAUACUUGCUGGUCGAGCCUCGUUUUCAGAUGAGAUAUCAGACAGCACAAAAAAGAUUAUAGUCUUUAUUGCAAGUGGUUUGCAACAAUACACAAAGCCAACAUCACAACAGGCAAAAAUGGCGAGGGAGGAGGGGAUAAAUGUAAUGACAAUAGGUUUUGGCGAUGGAGCGGUGAAACAUGAUCUCAAAGAAGUAGCAUCAAGACGUAGUAUGGUUUAUACAUAUGACGGGGCAGCUAAAAUUUACGAAAAUGCAGAAAAAAUACCUUUGUAUAUUUGUAAAGCAACAAAACGUAGAGCUAACAUCGAUGAAAGUAAAAGUAGCGAAAACAGCGACAGUUCAGACGAAAGUGGCAGUGGAAGUGAAAGUGACGUCAACUCUAGACAUGAUAGCUAUCGUAAUAUGGACACUAGCACAACCGAAGAAUUUGACGACAAAAGUGACGGCAGUGGCUCCUCAUCUGGAAGUGAUAAUGGUUCUGAUUACGAAAGUGACGAUUGGUACGAGAGUAGUGGUGACGAAAGUGACAUGUAUGGAAAAUCUGACGAAAAUGACUAUUCUGGAAAUAGCAGCGAUGAUGAAAAUUAUAAUUCUAAAGGCAAGUCUGUUAAAAAAAGAAGUAAUGCAUCUAGUGAUGAAAUCGAUACAUCUGAAAACAACAAGGAUAGCGAUUCCUCAUCCAGCGACGAAAGCGAAAACAGCGACGAUGGCAUAAACUCAAGUAGUAGUGAUGGAAGCAGUGAUAGUGAUAAUAAUAACAGCGAUGAGAGUAACGCUGGUUCCUCUGACAGUUCUAAUAGUAGCAAUGAUGCUGACACUAGUUCUUUCGAUAGCUCUAAUAGUAGCAAUGAUGGGGACACUAGUUCUUCCGAUAGCUCUAAUAAUAGCAAUGAUGGGGACGCUAGUUCUUCCGAUAGCUCUGAUUCGGAAGUAAGAUGGAACGCAUUAGACUCAGAUGAAGCUGAAGCUGAUCGAUCGCUUUUGCAGAAUAAACCCGAAGAUUUAUGUCGCAAUUCUAAGAUGAUCCGAGGAGUUGGAUACAAAGUACACCCAACACACUGCGAUAAGUUUAUCCAAUGCUAUUUUGAUGGAUUUGGUAAUACACGAGCAUCACUAAAGACAUGUCCAUUCGGAGAGUAUUGGAAUCAACAUAAUGUUGCUUGUGUUGAUGCGCAAAUAGCUAAUUGUCCAAAUGAUCCAUGUAAAGCUCCGGCGCUGUUAACAAGAGCAAUUAAAAACAGCUGUCGUUCAUACUGGGGCUGUCACAAAGGUCAAUCAGUUGUCAAAUGUUGUCCAGAGAAAAUGUCCUAUCAGCCUAGAAAGGGGUGUGUUUCCGAUCCUGACUGCAAAAGUGAAUGUCCUCCAGAAGAGGGACCAGAAUAUGGGACUUGUGAUAAGAAACCGUUGUUUGGAAAGCCAUAUCUGUAUAAACAAUGGAUUGAAAGUGGACAUUGGGUGGAGAUGUUGUGUGCCCCAGGAACACUUUUCGAUGAUAAUGAUUGUGGAUGUACAAUGAGAUCAACGUAUAUGACGUCACUUGGAGUCAGAGCCAUAGCAAAAGAAACAUGUAAACCUGAGCUGUAUUUGCCCUUCUGUCAAGGAGUUAAGGACUGGUCUAAUAGAAAUACUUUAGUCCAGAAUGAAGAUGAUAGGGUGGUCGUGGUAAAUGGUAAAGCUUAUUUUGAUGGAAUGUCCAGUCUAUUUAUACCAAGAUUUGCUGGUGCACAUUAUGGAGAAAGUAUAUAUAUAAAAAUAAGAUACAAACCUGAUUUUUCUGAUGAUUCUCCUGAUAAACAGACGGAUGAUAAAAAUGAGCGCGUCGAUGAAACGAGAAGAAAACGAUCGAUUCUAAGCAGGCAACGGAGAGAUUCAAAUAUAGAAAAUGACGGUCAAAAUGGCGACACAAUAGGAUCAACAAAUACAGAAACCAAUCAAAAUGUAGAAUCUAACCUGGAACCCACCAAUCAAGUUGGAGAAUCCAUGACAGAUUCAAAAAUAUCUAGUCAAAAUGACGGGUCCUCGUAUUCGAAUGUAGAAAUUAACAGUCAGAUUAUGGAUGAGACUAUAGUGUCAAACAAUCAACAUUCCAAUGAUGAUUCUCAACAUUCUUCAUCUUUUGGGGAUAUUUCUAAUCAGCAAGCCAAUGACAAUACUAAGCCGAUUGAUUCUGACGGUGCCAUUCUUGACAGCUCAAAUAACGGUAACGACAAUAAAGAUAAGCAGGAUAUUUCUUUGCAAGGUACAAACGAUAUUAAUGAUGACACAAACAGUAUAAAUGAGAAAGGCCUAAGUGAUGAUACAACUAGUGUAGGUCCCAUCAUUAAUCAAGCUGACGAUAACAAGAUUUCAACAAGCCAAUCAUCUGGUGAGGCGGGAGACGUAAAAGAUUUGACUUCUAAAAACAAAGACGAUAGUGGAGACGGAAACGAUAAUUCUAUAUCGAUGUCAAAAUCUUCUGCUGCCGAUAAUAUUGGAAGUGGGAAAAGUUCGUCCGAUUCCGACAGCGGUGAACAGUAUUCGUCGAUUUUUGAAACAUCACAGUUUGAUGAUCAACAAAACAUUCAGAACGAUUACAACUUCGAUAAUAGCGACCAUAACAUUCAAAAACCUGUCAAUGAGGAGAAUGGUGGAAAUAGCAAUCAAGAUGAAUCAUACUUUUCGAGCUGGUUCAGUAAUGGGGACGGGAACAGUGUUAGGAACGAUAACUCAGAGCAUGAGGUUUCAUCAAAUGUUCAAAAUGAUAAAGACAGUGGAAGUGGUGAAUCCUAUUUCAAAAACUGGUUUACAAACUCUGAAGAAAAAAAUGGGCGUGUCGAUUAUAAACAAGAUCAAAAUAAUGAUCUAGCAAGUGGCCAGGAAAAAAUCGAUCAAAAUAGCGUUAUAAAUAAUCAAGGGGUUAAACAGGGAAGUCAUCAAAAUGACGGAUCGUCAAGUGAAGACAAUGAAAAGCAGAAUGAAAAUUUGAAAGUGUUUCAGUCAUCUAGUUCAACUAAGGGGCGAAAAUUUACAUUUAGACACGGGUCUGGAGAGAGAAGAGAUUUUUAUCGGGAUUAUAGCAGUGAUAUGAGUAACAACGAAGGAGAUGCUAUAGAAUCAUGGGAAAACUCGAGCGAGGAAAAUACAAUACGCAGACGAAAGGUUAAAACAAGGAGUAGUAGUGAUAGUAGCGAUGACAGCAGUGAUCAGAAAAGGCGUCGUCAAAAUACUCGUGGGAGCAGCAAAAGCGAUAAAGAUACCGACAGUGACGUCAGUAGCGCAAUUAGCGAAGGUUACGUUGAUAGUAAUUUUGAAUUGAGUAACGACUUUGGCAAUUCCAAUCUUCAAGCUGAUAUUACUGGUCUAGGCAUUAACAAUCAAAUGGAAGAAAUGUAUUUUGCAAAGACGAAUUUUGAUGAAAAGCGUGAAAAAUUAAAAUCUAUCAGAAGGAUUCGAAGAGAAAGAAAUGAAAUGUUGCGAGAAAUGGAAAAUUCUAGAUUAGAAAUUAUAAAUAACGUUAAUCUUAAACAAGAAGGAUUUCAACGGAGGUCAAGGUCAGAUAUGGCGCUGAUAUCAAACGGAGCAUGCAGUAGAAAAUCCAAAAAUUGUCUAGAAGAUCCAUCUCUUUCGAUUGGUACAAGCAAAGAUGCAACCAGUUGUUCUGUUUAUGCUACAGAAAGCAAACAGACGAUCAUUAAAUUAAAUAAAAGUGAUAAGGAUGAUUAUGAUUGGAGGACAGUGAUAUUUACCAUUAAUGAGGGCGUAUUUAGAGCGUAUGACGAGGAUUCUACAGACUUUGAACCCGUGUCAGGUCCAGUGAAAACAACAUUUGCUGGCAUAUAUAUUGGGCAGGGUACUGGCAUGGAGAACUUUAAAGGAUAUAUGGAUGAGGUCUAUAUUUAUUUCUGCAAACCAGAAGAAUUAGACGAUUUUAAAUCUAUGGAAUUACCGAAAAAGAAAACUUCGUCUGAUAAUAGCUGUGAUUAUAUGAAUAAAAAUAUAGUUAACCAAGAUUCCGAAAGCAAUGAAGAAAUAAUUGUAGAAUCAGUGGAACCUUGGUGGGGAGAAUAGCAGAGAAUUAUUGAAGGAAUUCGUACCAUGAUUGAUCUAAAUACAAAUUAAGACACCAUUUUUCAAUGGGUACGUCGUUGUCGUGGACAUAUUUUAAUUUGACAUUAUCUCCUUUGCUAAAAUUAGAACGCCGAGAAUGCGUGAACGUAGUUUUCAAAGACGACAAAACAAUUUGUGAUGUUUCUAUUGUUCGGUUAAACAACAUCAGUUCUGUUCAUCACUUCGGUAAACUUCGGCGUUGCUCGACAAAAUUCGGAAAAAGCACAUUCUUGUAAUAUAGUCGUUUAUUAUGGACGAAAAUUUUCGAUAUGGUACUGACGCCUGAAUAAACCAUUCAUAUAUACAUAUCCACAUCUAGAUUAAACGUAUACCUCAGAAAUCCGAUCAUUCAUUAAUAUCAUGAUGUACACUUAUAAAUAAAAGGUUUUUA